GAUCGACCGGGCGAGGGAGGCCCACAGCGAGGAGGUCGGGCGCCUGCGGGCGGAGGUGCAGCGGCUGCAGGCGCUGGUCGCGGCCUGCACAAAGGGGGCGCGCGGCUCGCUGCUGAAGCGGGAGGAGGUGUCCCAGGCGUCCGACGAGGAGCCGCCCCACCUUGACAAGAAGUCGAGGAAUGACUCCCGCAUGACCGCCGACGCGCCUUUUUCGACGGCGUCCGCUGGCGGGUGGUCUCCGUCUACGUCCCUGGCGGCGCCGUCGCGCCCGUCGGUCCGCGAGCGCGAGGAGAGGCGGCUAGUCACCGAGAUCUUUCAGAAGUCUGGCUCGUUCAAGUCGCUGCGGAGGAGCACCACCAGCUCGGUGUCGCAGACGUCCGACCGGAGCAUCAUGUGGAGGCUAGUUAACUCGCCAGUGUUCGAGGCGGUCGUCGGGGUGGUCAUCUUCGCGAACGCGUUUCUCAUCGCGACGGAGGCGCAGUACGCUGGGUUCAGCUUGGCCGAGGACACGGGGCACGCCAGCGCGCGGGGGCACUCGGCCGAGGUGUGGCCCCACGCCCGGGAGGUCUUCGAUGCGCUCUCCACGGCCUUCGGUGCGUUUUUCCUGGUGGAGCUCCUUCUCAAGCUUGUCGCCCUGCGCUUCGAUUUUUUCCGAGAGGCGUGGAACUGGAUAGACGCGCUGAUUGUCACCCUGUGGCUCUCCAGCGAGUUCAUAAAGCACGUCGGCUCGCGUCUGAGUUUCCUGCGGAUGGCUCGCAUAGCCCGCUUGGCGCGCCUCGCGCGUAUCCUCAAGUUCGUGCACAGUCAUUUCACAGAGACUCUCUUCAUAAUGAUGGAAUCGUUGAAAGGUGGCGUCUCGACCGUGGCGGGGUCUUUCUUCUACCUGCUGACAAUACAUUUGUUGCUGGCUCUCUCGGUCAACCAGUUGCUUUUUGCGUUUUAUUUUGAGUCUGAUCCGUCAACGGCCAACGAACAGGCAGAAGUGUUUGAGUACUUUGGCUCCUUCUCACGUGCAUUAUUCACGAUGUUUGAAAUCACGUUCAACGGUUCGUCGAACGCUGCCAGAGUGUUGGUAAAUGACGUCAACGAGGUGUUUAUUAUUUACUCCAUCUGCCACCAUGCUAUACUCGGAUUCGCAAUCAUAUCAGUGAUCCAGGCUGUCUUCAUACAAGAGACAUUCAAUGCGGUUCAGAAUUGUGAUGAGGUAAUGGUGAGGCAGGCGAGGUCGAAGCAAGCGCGCCAUGAGUGUAACAUGUGUAGGCUCUUUGGUGAGGCCGACCUCGAUGGGAAUGGUUCGGUGGACGUCAAUGAGUGGAUGACCAUGUGUGAGGACAGUUGGGUGCAGACGUGGCUUCGCUCGCAGGGUAUUGAAGCAAGCUAUGCUCGGACGUUGUUCGAGCUGCUAGACGACGGAGACGGAAAGCUCACUGCUGUCGAGCUCGUCCAUGGCACAGCGAAGUUGCAAGGUACCAGCGUAAGUAUGACCAUCAUCGAAGUGAUCCGUAGCAUUCAGAAGAGUAUGUGCGAGAUCAGAGAAGAAUUGAUGUUUGCGCCUCAUGCCGUCGCGGCAGAGCGCAUGUAG